CAACAAACGCUCCCAUCAGAGCGACCUGCAGCACUGCAGUCGGGCUCACCUUUAACCGCUGGAGCUGCAGCUGGAUGACCUCCCUGCUCACUCUAUGAGGAGGCUUUAAACUGGGAACAAACCAAAGAGGAGCUGCUGGAUGAGUUUUGGUUUGUCGGGAUUGCUUUUUUCCCCUAAAGGUGUCAUCACCUGGAUUUUCUCUUGAGACAGUUUGAGAAAGGACUCGUUUUCUGUGUUUUUCUGUUUCUGUGCUGCUGUGGGAACAAACAAUGUUCUUCUCCAGGACGGUCCUGCAGCAGUGGUGCUUUGCUGUCUUCUUGCUCUGCUCUCCGGUGCCGCACUUUGGACGGCCGAUUGAUGCCCUGAGCAGCAGAAUGAAACGCUCGGUGAGUCACGCUCAGCUGAUGCACGACAAAGGCCGGAUGAUGAUGGAACAUGAGCGUGUUUUACUCCUGAAGGCGCUUUUGGACGAAGUCCACACGGCAGAGAUCCGUGACCUCCCCGUGCGGACCACCGGGGGAGGCGGGAGCAGCAGCGACGCCGGCGUUGGGAUGCCGGGGGUCGGCCUGGGAAUCAACCUCAGCACCACCGGCAGCACCCUGCACUCCAAACCCCCCGGAGGCACCAAGAACCUCCCCAUCAGCUUCCGGCUGGAGGAGGAGGAGGGCACCAACCUGCCACAGGAGACCAACAAGUCGCAGACAUACAAAGACGGCGUGAAUAAAGUGUCGGGCAAAAAGAAGAAGAAAUCGAGGGCUGGGAAGAGGAGGGAAGGGGAAAAGAGGAAGAGGAGGGCACGCUCUUUGGGGUGGAGGCUGGAGGAUGAACUGGGGAGCGGACUCCACCUGGAGUGGAGGUCUCUGCUCGGACUCCAGAGGGCGCUGCAUUAAAACGCCGUCAGUCUCUGACGAAGAAACCUUCCGACGGUUGGAGUGGACUCCUAAAUGCUCACAUUACAGACUCUGUAACUGUGAUUGUUUGGAAAGAAAUUGGAAAAUAUUUAUUGUGUGUAAAUAUUCUAAAUAUAGCAGAGUAGAUAGCAGAAUAUGAUAAGAAAAAAACCCUUAUUGACGCUCCGCAGGGCGACAGAUUUUCCUCUUUGUGAAUCCUUGCUUUUCCCUUUUUAAAAUUCCAAUUAUGUUCAGUUUUUUGCAGUAAUUUAUUUUGUCUGAAUGGUGUAUUUAUUUUGUAAAUGUAUCGAGGUGCUGCUGACCUUCUAUAUUUUUGUACCGUAAUGCACUUUAGAUAUAUAAAUAUAAAUAUAUAUACCAUUAAUUUUGCUCAUUGACUUGUGUUUGUGGGUGAUUGAAAUGAAGAAAAACGACGGUUGUCUCUCUGUGUUACCUUUCAGUCGGUCUGUCCAAGGGUCCAGUUUUUAUUUGUUUCUCUGCUGCUGUUUGUUCGAUUGUUUUCAGUUUGUUGUCUUCAAACCGCUCUGCUUCUCACGGCCAAACAUCACAUGUGUACAUAAACCAAACACGGCUCCAUAUUGUUGUUUUUGGCACUUGCACUGAGAUAAACAGCCUGUACUGAAUGGAUUAAACAUUU